AUGCCAACCAUCAAGGAGGGUGUAUAUCGCCGCCGGCAGUCACCUAGACUGACGGAAAGGUCGGAAAGCCCACAACCGGAGACUCAUGAGGCAACCAACAGCAACGCGACCGCCGACACUACUGAGGUAAUCAGCAGCGACGCGCCACCCGACGAGACUGAGGCAACCAGCAGCGACGCGACCUCCAACACGUCUGAGGCAACCAACGGCGACACGCCACCUGACACGACUGAGACAACCAGCAGCGACGCGACACCCGACACGACAAUCCCGUCUACACAAGCCAUUUCCCACGAAGUCCACAAAUUGCGGCAUAUCCUAAAAACCUUUUAUGCGGACCUACAAAAUCUGUUCCCUUUCCUCUCCUCGCAGGAGGGCAUUGUGGAAUUUGUCUUCACGAUUUCGUAG